AUGGGGUCUGGAAACAUGCUCGAGGCUCAUGUCCAUGAGGACACAUCUGUCACACUGGUUUCCAUCCCUAUACCUCAUGUCCAGGGGCCAAACGAUAUUGUUGUCCGGGUAAUCUGCGCGUCAUGUAAUCCGAAGGACUGGAAGAUGCCAGCAGGCUUGCUCAAGACGAUAUCAGAUUGUCCCAACUCUGGCGAUGAUGUGGCUGGGAUAGUCCAUGAAGUAGGAUCAGCCGUCACUUUGUACAAGCGAGGGGACAGGGUUGCAGCGCUGCAUCAGCUAGGAGCACCGUACGGCGCAUACGCCGAGUUUGCACUAGUCAAGGACUUCGUCACGUUCCACAUCCCGCCCCAGCUUGAGUGGGAACAAGCGGCGACGAUGCCGAUGGCGUCCUAUAUGGCCUGUAUUGCACUCUUCGGCUCGCUUCAGAUCUGUGCAGGACCAUGGGAGACUGCUCAGAGGCCACCACCACUUCUGAUCUACGGUGCUGCGACAGGAGUAGGCAGUCUAGCCGUCAAGCUAGCUCAAGUCGCCGAAAUACAUCCACUACUCUGUGUGGCCGGUGGCGGUGCAGACUUCGUGGCCGGCUUGAUUGAUGAGAGCAAAGGCGACGCCGUUUUCGACUACCGCAAAGGUGACGAAGCUUUGGUUCAGGACAUCAAGUCCGCACUCCAUGGACAGGAGCUAGAAUACGCAUUCGACGCUGUUAGCGAGAAGUCCAGCAUAGCGAAUGUGUCUAAAGUCUUGAAGUCCAAGGGUGGGAAGAUAGCUCUUACGCUUCCCGGCCGAGCGCAUGAGCUUUCAGAUCAGCUAGAGAUUUCGCAUGUCAUGGCUGGCAGCUUGUGGAAGAAGCUAGUAGGGCGACAUGAAGGCGAGCAGCUCGGUAACCUAGGCGUCGAAGAUGGACCUGCAUUUGCCAAGACGAUGACAUCAAGCAUCGAGAAGAUGCUGUCCGAAGGCGUGCUUGCGGCACAUCCACACGUAGUAUACGAGGGAGGACUGACUGGGCUGGAGCGAGCGUUGAAGGAUCUGCGGGGUGGGAGAGUAAGUGCGAAGAGAUGUGUUGUUCGAGUGAUUGAUACACCUGGGAGGCACGCACCUGAUAUCGGCGACGGCAUCUGA